AGAUGAAGCUGAAGCCAUUGGGAAAGCAUAAACAAAAUAAUUUUUAUAAGUUAUAUCGAAUUGAAUUUAUUUAUUUUAUUUCUCCCAAAUCUUUCUCUGUAACGAUGAAAGAGAAAUUUUCAUGCACCAUUCUCCAGAGUGAAGCCCUCACUAAGUAUCUUUUAGAAACAAGUGCUUAUCCACGAGAGAAUAUACUGCUUAAAGAGCUCAGAGAUGCCACAGUCAACAAAUACGAGCAGCUGAGUAAGAUGAAUGUGCCUGCUGAUGAAGGCCAACUUUUAUCGAUGUUAUUGAAAUUAAUGAACGCCAAAAAAACCAUCGAAGUUGGUGUAUUCACAGGAUACUCACUUCUAGCCACUGCCAUCGCCCUUCCUAAAGAUGCUAAAGUGGUAGCGAUCGAUCCGGACAAAGAAGCAUACGAGGUAGGGCUUCCGUACAUAAAGAAAGCCGGCGUCCAACACAAAAUCAACUUCGUUAAUUCUGACGCCAUGGCCGCCAUCACUAAUCUCAUUGAUGAUGGCGAGGAGGGGACGUUUGAUUUUGCAUUUGUUGAUGCGGAUAAAGAGAACUACAUAAAUUACCACGAGGAGUUGCUAAAGUUGGUUCGGGUUGGGGGUAUUAUCGCCUACGACAACACCUUGUGGUCCGGGACGGUGGCAUUAGACGACAAUGAUCUAACUCAAGAAUGGAUCGAUAAAAUAGGGAAGAAUCGCAUAUUUCUUAGGACACUCAACACAUUUCUUGCAUCUGAUCCACGGAUCGACUUGGUUCAGCUCUCCGUUGGGGAUGGCCUUACGCUUUGCCGACGCCUUAAAUAAAAUAAUAAAAUUUUAAUUUAUAACUCCAUGCUUAAUUAAGUUUUGGCCUAUGUCAUUAAUGUUGUUUUGAACCCUUCUAUUUUAAUUUAUCGCAAAAAGUGUUAUAGUUAAUUUACUUUUUGUUGUAACAAUAAUUAUGGUUGUCACAUGUUAAUUUGAGGCUAUUUUGUUGUAGUA